UCGUUCAAUCAGAACAACAUUAACCCAGCCCCAAUCAAAAAUGUUCAAGCUCAUUGCUCUGCUUGCCUGCCUGGUCGUCGUGGUGUCGGCCAUUGAGGAUUACCACAGCCAUCCCAAGUACAAGUUCGAGUAUGGCGUUAAGGACCCGCAUACCCACGAUCAUAAGAGCGCCUGGGAACACCGCGACGGGGACCACGUUAAGGGACAGUACACCCUGGAUGAAUCCGAUGGAACGCACCGCAUCGUUGAUUACAGCUCCGAUCACAAGACUGGCUUCCAGCCUCAUGUGCAGCGCAAGGGACACGCCCACCAUCCUCAUGGUGAAAGCUAUGCCAACAUUCAUCAACACUACAUUGUUCUCACGCUAUUAUGCCUAAUUGUGAUAGUUUCCGCCAACAAACAAUAUCAUCAAGGUGGUCACCCAAGAUACCGAUUCAACUAUAGAGUGGUAAGUGGCAAAACUGGUGACAACAAAGGACAUUGGGAACACCGGAAUGGCGAUCUGGUUGUCGGAGCGUACAUGCUGCGAGAGCCGGACGGCACCCAUCGGGAGAUCAUUGCUUUGGUUGCCUGUCUGGCUGUUAUUGCAUCCGCUGAUUACUAUCUGGAAGAACACCCCCAUCAUGAGGACCAUUAUGAUUCGCACCCCAAAUACAAAUUCGAAUACGGAGUGAAGGACCCGCACACCGGUGACCACAAGAGCCAGUGGGAGCACCGUGAUGGGGACAUAGUGGUAGGAUCCUACACUCUGGAAGAGGCUGAUGGAACUCACCGCAUUGUGACGUACAACUCCGAUGACCACAAUGGAUUCCAGGCCCACGUGCAACGAGUCGGACACGCUCAACACCCGCACGGCGAGAGCUAUUCCAAUAUCGAUCAGCAUCACUAGAAAUGAUGGGCGCCAUAAAUGUUGUGUUUACGUUUUAACUAAGUUCAUCAAUUGUUGCUAGUUGUGUAACAACAUCUCAUGCCAAAACAAUAGAAGGUUCCUCACUAAAACUA